GUAGAGAGGGAUUGGAAAUCAGAGGAAUGUUGGGAAUAAGGUUGUGAAUGAUAGGGAACAAAGAGGAAUAGGUAAUUCGAGGUCUGUUGGAUUAAAGGUUGGCAUCAGGGAACAACAUUUUGUCCAACCAGGGAUGUCAUAUGUCCAAGUUGUUAUGGGAAGAUCUUUGAGGAUAGUCAACACUCCGGUUCGGAACAAACAAGCAGACAACAAAGUAAGAGCUAAAACUGUGGAUAGGGUCUCUAUCAAUCAGGGGAAGCUUAUAAACCUUGAGGUUGAAAGCUCUGGUGACAAGGAGGGUGUUAAUAAUACAAGACAUAAUAGGGAGGAGAUUAUAGAAUUUUCUCCAUUGAAAGAGGAGAAUCAGUGGCUGAAGGGUAGUAUGAUAGCAGUGGUUAAGUCAAUGUCAAUGAUCUCUACUAUUCAAGAAAGAGUGGAUGUGGAUGGGGGUUUGAUCAAUCUAUCACCAUUGGGAGGGAGAAGCUUAUUGUUAACUGACCGGUUGGAGGGAUACUUGAGUGAGUAUAUGUAGUAGGACAAAGAUUUAUUUGAUCUCUGGUGUGAGGCUAUUUAUCCAUGGCUUGUGGCGCCUUAGAAUUGUGGUAGAAUGGUAUGGUUGCGAAUAUCUGGAGUUCCAUUAAAAGCAUGGAGUGAUCAGUGUUUUUAGAGAAUAGCAGCUUCAUUAAAGGAAGUGGUAAUGG